UACUUUAGUGGUAUUGGUGAGAUGUUGUAUAUUCGGUUUGGGGCUUGAUCAUAUUGUUGUGCGGUUGUAGUUGUCAUCGUUUGUGUGUUAGCGCAAACUAAACAGAGACAGCCAAACAGCCAGCUAGCCAGUCAGCCAGCCAGCUAGCCAGUCAAACAGGCAGCAGCAACAGAGCCCAGACACGGAGCCGUGUUGCUAGAGUCAGUCGGCCCAGCGAGCGAGCUACUGUCGUUCUUUGUAUUGAUUCAGAUUCAGUCGAUGAGUUUCUCUCGCUUCUGCGCGUUGCGUGUUUCGCAGUGUUUCCGCGAUUUUUUCGUUGUCGUCAUCGUUGCCGCGUCUGCGUGUUCGUCUCGCGCCCCGCUCUCUUUGCGCCACACACAUUCUCCACAAGCUCGCCGUGCGGGACUCUGUGCGAUUGUGUUGCGUUCAUGUGUUUCUCAACAUAAAAUGUGAAGUGCGAACGGCAAGAAAAGUGGUUUGAAACGCGGUAACAAGUUGAACGUGUACAAGCGCUGGGCGUUAUCAAUGCUGAUAAGAGCAAGCAAAAGACGACAGUGAAAACAGUUAGCAGCGGCUAAAAUAGCAACAGUUAAACGUUCGUUGUAUGUGGCUGUGACAUCAGCAUCCCAUUUACAAUUGCACACAUUCGCACAUACAGACAUACAUACGUACGUACGUACUUAUACACAUAUACAUAAAUACAUACACAUACAAUAAAAAGCUGGCUGCAUGAAAAACAUCACCAGCUCAAGCACUUGCGGCACGGGGCUGCUGCAAUUGCAGAACAAUCUCAGCAACAGCGAAUUGGACGUCGCUGUUGUUGGCAAACCAGAAGCAGUUGGACCCGGCACCAUACCAUCUCCGUGGCCAGUGAAUGCCGGUCCUCCUGGUCCCCUGGGAUCGGCAGACACAAAUGGCAGCAUGGUGGACAGUAAAAACUUGGAUGUUGGCGAUAUGAGCGAUGACGAAAAAGAUUUAUCAUCCGCUGAUGCCGAAGGUGUCUGGAGUCCGGACAUCGAGCAAAGCUUUCAAGAGGCACUGUCAAUAUAUCCACCAUGUGGACGCAGAAAGAUUAUAUUAUCCGACGAGGGUAAAAUGUAUGGGCGCAACGAGCUAAUCGCGCGUUACAUUAAACUGCGCACGGGCAAGACGAGAACCCGUAAACAAGUCAGCUCCCAUAUCCAAGUGCUCGCCAGACGGAAACUCCGUGAAAUUCAAGCCAAAAUCAAAGUCGAACCAAAUGGUGUAUCCUUGCAUUUACUCAAUGAGAAAGAGCAAACCCUGCAGGCCAUGAGCUCAAUGACCAGUUCACAAAUUGUCUCCGCUCAGGCGGCCAAUAAUCUUGCCCUGGCCGCCUCGGCGCUGACGGCGGGCGUGCACCAGCAUUCGAAGCAUCUUCCGCAACCCGCCCACCAUCAGCAUGCUGCCGCUGCAGCUGCUGCAGCUGCUGCUGCCGCUGUUGCACAGUCACCGGCGGCUGCAGCUGCAGCUGCUGCUGCCGCUGCUGCUGGUGGUGUUGGUGUUGGUGGUGGUGCUGGCGCUGGUGCUGCUGCUGCUGCUGGUGUUGGCGUUGGUGCAACCACAUCCAACUCUGUUGCAGUGCCGCCGUCAUCGUCGUCGUCGUCAUCGCCGCGGCUACACCACCACCACCACCACCCAGCCCACCAUUCCCAUCACAAUAUGCCGCACCACACGCAUAGUCAUAUGCAUCCACAUCAUCAGCAACAUGCGGCGGCUGUUGCAGCAGUUUACCACCUACAGCAGCAGCAGCAGCAACAGCACCAGCACCUGCAACAACAACACCAUCAGCAGCAGCAGCAGCAGCAGCAGCAGCAACAACAACAACAGCAGCAGCAGCAGUCAAGUGGUGCAACAACAGGUGCAGUGUCACCAUCUGUGGCUGAGCCACCGCUGCCGCCGCCGCCGCCGCCAUUGCACCAUCCGCCGUUGUAUCCGGGCCAAUUUUGGCAACCCGGUCUGCAGCCGAGCACAUCGCAAGACAUCAAGCCGUUCGCCCAGCCGCCCUACACGCCCGGCAAGCCAUCGACGGCGGUAUCGGGCGAGAUCGAGGCUGGUAUUCCGCCCGCACAGUUGCCAUGGGAGGGACGCGCGAUUGCCACACAGAAAUUCCGCUUGCUCGAGUUCACGGCCUUCAUGGAAAUCCAAAGAGAUGAGAUCUAUCACCGACAUCUAUUCGUACAACUGGGCGGCAAGCCAUCCUUCUCCGAUCCGCUGCUUGAGACUGUUGACAUCCGACAAAUAUUUGACAAAUUUCCGGAGAAAUCCGGCGGUCUCAAAGAGCUUUUCGAUCAGGGUCCACAGAAUGCGUUCUACCUGGUCAAAUGUUGGGCGGAUCUCAACACGGACGCAACGACGGGCAGCGAAACGGGUGAUUUCUAUGGCGUAACCAGCCAAUAUGAAAGCAAUGAGAACAUUGAGCUUGUCUGUUCGACAAUUGUCUGCUCGUUUGGCAAACAGGUUGUGGAGAAGGUGGAGCAUGAGUAUUCGCGCCUGGAGCACAAUCGCUACGUUUAUCGGAUUCAGCGCUCGCCGAUGUGCGAGUACAUGAUCAAUUUCAUACAGAAGCUGAAGAACUUACCUGAACGCUACAUGAUGAACAGUGUGCUCGAGAACUUUACAAUAUUGCAAGUAAUGCGAGCGCAGGAAACGAAAGAGACACUGCUAUGCAUAGCGUAUGUGUUUGAGGUGGCGGCGCAGAAUAGCGGCACCACGCACCACAUCUAUCGCCUUAUAAAGGAAUAGCAUGAGCUGCAUGAAGCAGCGCCCAAUCUGUCCGCGUUACCCACCAAUGCACAAAUCAGCGAAUACAGCAACAGCAACAACAGCAGCAGCAACAAUAACAACAGCAACAACAAUAGAAGCCACAACA